CCCUGCCUCUUUUGCGUUCAGCCCUGUCCGUCCCUGCGUGAUGACGUUUUGCUCGUUUGUUUGAGUCGUGAAGUGAGAGGACGUGUCUCCGACACGAAAGAGACGGUUUUGAAAUAAAAAGACACUCGGGUAAGACGACGAUGCCUGUAUUGGAAGAAUACUAAUGCGUGUAGCUGUGAAGGAAUCCCCGCUCCCCCUCCUUGUCCUGUGCUGAGCAGACCCCAGGAUCUGUAUGCAGCUGCAGCCCCAGUGAGAUGACAGAUCAGGGGAAUAAUAAUAACCAGAACCUGUCCCGGAACCCCUUCGCUGCACUCUUCAGCUCCGUCUCCGACGCCAAGGACUUCGCCUCUGUGCAGAAGCAGCCGCAGCCGCUCUCCUUGGAUGACUCCAGAGGCAGUCAGGAUGACUCUGAUAACUCUGUGUCGGAGAGCGUCGAUGAGAACGACGACUCCCUGGCGGAGAUCAGUCGCUCGUUCCGCUCGCGGCAGGAGCUCUGUGAGCAGCUCAACAUCAACCACAUGAUCCAGAGGAUCUUCCUCCUCACCCUGGACAACACUGAGGCUUACUCUCCUGGCUGUGCAGGUGACCCCAGUCUGAAGGGGGGGAAUGGGAUCCCCCCGCGCUGCGUCUACCUGGAGGAGAUGGCAUCUGACCUGGACGGACAGGACUGGCUGGACAUGGACAAUAUAGAGCAGGCUCUGUUUAACAGAAUGCUGAUGCCGGAGCCGGGGAAUCACCUCAUCAACAUGACGUCAUCGAGUGCGCUCAACCUGUCUGCGGACCGCGACGCGGGGGAGAAGCGGGCCGUGCCGUACCUCUUCUCCUGCUUCCAGAGAGCCAAGGAGGAGAUCAAGAAGGUUCCUGAGAAGCUGCUGGCCUGCGCGGUGCGGUGUAAGAACCUGAGCGUGUUGAACGCACGCACCGUCCUGCUCACCCCGGAGAUCUACGUGGGCCAGAACGUCUCCGAGCAGCUCCUCAACCUGCUGCUGGAGGCUGUCAGCGGAGGCUUGCUGGAGGAGGUGGGAGAGUUCCUGGACGAGGUCAUCGCUGCCCUGCUGGCUGACCAGGAGGUGCGGACCUUCGGGGAGGUGAUGGUGCCGCUGUUUGAGGUGAUGCUGGGACGAGUGAAGGACCUGGACCUGUGCCAGCUGCUGCUCAACUCGUACCUGGACAUCCUGGUGUACUUCAGCAAGCAGCUCGACAUCGCCAGGGUGUUUGUGGACUACAUCCAGCCCAAAGACCCCAACAACGGCCUGCAGUACCAGAAGACUCUGCUAGGGGCAGUGCUGAACAUCUCCUGCCUGCUCAAGACCCCCGGAGUGGUGGAGAGCCACGGCUACUUCCUUAACCCCUCGCGCUCCAGUCCACAGGAGACAAAGGUCCAGGAGUCCAAUAUUCACCAGUUCAUGGCGCAGUUCCAUGACAAGCUCUUCCAGAUCCUGAAGAACCUGCUCCAGCUGUCUCCGGACACGCGGCACCGGCUGCUCACCUGGCUGGGGGGCUGCCUGCACGCCAACGCCGGCCGUGCCAAGAUCUGGGCCAACCAGAUGCCGGAAAUCUUCUUCCAGAUGUACGCCUCGGACGCCUUCUUCCUGAACCUGGGCGCCGCUCUGCUCCGGCUCUGCCAGCCGUUCUGCCGCCUCCGCUCCCCCAAACUGCUGACCUUCAACCCCACCUACUGCGCCCUCAAGGAGCUGAACGAGGAGGAGAGACGGAGCAGGAACGUGCAUGUGAAAGGUUUGGAUAAAGAAACUACUUUGAUACCAGCUCCCCAGAACCAGGAGCCAGAGUUUGCCCAGUCCUACAACCUCCUGACGGAGAACCUCAUACUGACACAGUACGCCUUGCACCUGGGAUUCCACAGGCUCCAUGACCAGAUGGUGAAGAUGAACCAGUCCCUGCAUCGGCUGCAGGGAGUGUGGAGGGAGGCGCAGCAGAGCGCCAGCCCCGCCUCGGAGCAGCUGCGGGAGCAGUUUGAGCGCCUCAUGACCGUCUACCUGUCCACCAAGGCAGCCGCCACCGAGCCACACAUGCUGCAGGGCUGCCUGAACCUGCAGGUGUCCACGGCCACGGUGCUGGUGCAUUUCAGCCUGGGGGCCAGCGGGGUCGACUACACCCAGCUGACUUUCCCCUUGCCUGCCCUCGAGAACAGCCUGCUCUGCUACGUGCCAGAGUUCUUUGCUGACAGCCUGGGGGAUUUCUUCAUCUUCCUGCGGAGGUUUGCGGACGAGGUGUUGGAGUCAUCGGGCUCUUCUCUGGAGCAGAUCCUUGACUUUGUCACGGUCUUCAUGGGCAAUGUGGAGAGGCUGAAGAACCCUCACCUGCGUGCCAAGCUGGCGGAGGUGCUGGAGGCGGUGAUGCCUCACCUGGAGCAGGUGCCUGGCCCCGCCCAGUCCAGCAUGUUCCAGAGAGAGCGAGCCUUCUGCACCUACCAGCAUGCUGCACAGCUGGCUGAGGCGCUCAUCACAGUCUUCGUGGACAUUGAGUUCACAGGAGACCCUCAUCAGUUUGAGCAGAAGUUCAAUUACCGGCGGCCCAUGUACCCGAUCCUGAAAUAUAUGUGGGGGAAGGACAGCUACAGGGAGAGCAUCAAGAGCCUGGCUCGGUACGCCUCGGAGAAUCUGGAGGCCAUGAACCCACCCCUCUUUCUGCGAUUCCUCAACCUGCUCAUGAACGACGCUAUCUUCCUAUUGGAUGAAGCCAUCCAGUACCUGAGCAAGAUCAAGGUCCUGCAGAUCGAGCGGGACCGCGGGGAGUGGGACUCGCUGACUCCCGACGCUCGCAGAGAGAAGGAGUCCAGCCUCCAGAUGUUCGGGCAGCUGGCGCGAUUCCACAACAUCAUGUCGAACGAGACCAUCGGGACCCUGGCCUUCCUCACCUCAGAGAUCAAGUGUCUGUUCGCGCACCCCUUCCUGGCAGAGAGGAUCAUCUCCAUGCUCAACUAUUUCCUGCAGCACCUGGUGGGGCCCAAGAUGGGCGCGCUCAAGGUAAAGGACUUCACCGAGUUUGACUUCAAGCCCCAGCAGCUCGUCUCUGACAUCUGCACCAUCUACCUGAAUCUGGGAAACGAGGAGAAUUUCUGUUCCACGGUCCCCAAGGACGGGCGCUCCUACUCCCCCAGGCUGUUUGCGCAGAUGGUGCGCGUCCUCAAGAAGAUCAACAAGCCGGGCAACAUGAUCGUCUCCUUCAGCCAGCUGGCCGACAAGAUCAAGUCCCUGGCAGACCAGCAGCUGCAGGAUGAGGAGACGUACGCGGACGCCCCAGAUGAGUUCCUCGACCCCAUCAUGAGCACCCUGAUGCUAGACCCAGUCCUGCUGCCCUCCUCCCGGGUCACUGUGGACCGCUCCACCAUCGCCAGGCACCUGCUCAGUGACCAGACUGACCCUUUCAGCCGCAGUCCUCUCACCAUGGACCAGAUCAGAAGCAACACAGAGCUGAAGGAGAGGAUCCAGCAGUGGCUGGCGGAGCGCAAACAGAAGAGGCUGCAGACAGGGCAGAGCGCGUAGGACACUGCGACUGCAUUCAGCCCUGCUGCGUCUGUGUGUGUGUGUGUGUGUGUGUGUGUGUGUGUGUGUGUGUACAGUGUCACUGCAGAUGGGUAACGGCACACACAUGCAUAGCACUGCACACACCUGCUAUCGGCGGGAUUGUGGCCUGUCUGGUUUUGAUCUGCCUGGUCCUCAGUUGUUUUGAAGGAAUGCUUGUCGGAGGGUUAUUUCCUGAAGGGGGAGGGAAUGCCCGAUCCUCACCAUGUCCUCCAUAUGCUGAACAUUGCUGCCCCGUUCGUCUGCGUCGUGCAGAGAGCACACCCUGAUAGUCCGCAGCUGGAGCUUUUAAAGCAUUAUACAGUAAUUGCGAAUCUGCCUGGAUUGCACCAACUACUUAGGGGUAGUCUUGGGAUAGCCUCGGGUAGGUGGGUGAUGUAAUGCAGGAUGAUUUCAAAAUGCUGUAUGCAGCUCUAAAAAAAGAAUCAUCAUCUAGCAGUGGCAGGAUAUAGAUUAAUCAGAUCAACCCCCUGAGUUUUAUUGCAUCCUCUGUACAUCCACACCAUGCAAACCUGCACACCUCCACUGUUCUAUCUCACUGUAAAUACAGCUGCAAAAUAACAGUGCAGAAAAUAGCAAAAAAACUAAAACGGAAGCAAAGCACAAUGGGCUGCAUCCAGUAUGGGUUGGAUAAACAAACAAACCCCCAGGUUCAGAGAGGACCACACAGCGGUGCGUUCCUCCAGUAACACUCAAACACGCACACACGCACGCACCUACACACAAGGACCUGAACUAAACCAAUCGGCCCCACCCUGUAUAUAUGAAGAGUUGCUUACAUCAUCUCAGUUCAAGCUGCUGUGUUCACACACACAGGGAUUGGGAAUUCAGUAAAUAAUCCGGCUCUUGCUGCUUCACCCGAUGGAGUCGUUGCUGGCGCUUGCUUCCAGGACUCCCUUGUGAAUGAGAUGCAUAUCUCUGUGGGUUCAUUUGUAAAGGAGUGUUUUUUUUAAAUUGACAGCGAGGUGCAUCUGGAUUGUCUCGCAUGAUCCCAUGUUCUGGAGCUGGGACUAGAACCAUUUUCUAUUGGCGAUCAGGCUAAUUGUGCCAUCCUUUUAAAAAAAAAAAAAAAAAAAAAAAAAAGUUCUUUACUGCAACCCGACUGGUUUGUUAAAUUGGGAUUGGUAGUUAGGUGAGAUUGUUUUUUCUUAAAACUAACAGUAGAGGUUACAUUGCACACGACAUUGAUUUAUUUAUUUAACCCUCUAGUAAUAGUUUACUGGUUCUUUUUUCUUUUUCGGGUUUGCGUUUUGAAAACUGCUGUGUCUGUACACAAUGGUUUUUAUUAUUAGAAUAAUAAAAAAAAUGCCACAACAAAAAAUAUAUAUAUAAUUUAGAUAUGUUCUCGAGUGCAUGGAAAUAAUGAGAUUGAUGAAUGGGUCGGAUAAUGGCAAACCAACACUUGUUUUUAUGGUAGAGUUUCUGCUCCAGGAUGGUUGUAUACCAUUUCAAAUCUUUUUUCACUCAUUCGGCUCUUCUUUCAGGCUGGAGUAUCUAGCUGGGGUCGCUGUGGGCUCACAACCUGAAUCUAGCUGGAAGAAUAUCCAGGGGAGAGCUAAUUUAAUAGUCUAACCCGCGGUGGGUCUUAAUGCUGCUACCGUUAACUCCAUUAGCAUCCCUAAAGACUAAAGCACAUUGAAAUGAGGCUCGCGAAACAGAAAGAUUGAGGUCGGCUGUAUUAAGAUCCACCGCUCUUAAGAUUGAUUGAAUUCGAACCCAGGUUCUCAAGAAUCUGAAAACCAUUUGUUCGGUUACAGUAUGGGGCAGAGGCUGUGAUGGAGAGAAACUGGAGUGGUUUAGUUCAAGAGGGGAGAUUCAUUGAAAACGUUCAGCGAGUCAUGAAGAUUGGACUACGGGCAAGCAUCUCUACAGAACUAGAGUUCAGUGACUACUUCCCUUGCAGGUCCGAAAUCCAAAGGCACAGUUUGAACAUUAUCUUGUCAAUCCAGCAGCUCGCUGACCUGCCUGCUGCCAGAGAGCUUGUACACACCUGAUGUGUUUUAAGAGUUGCCUUUGGAGAGAAGCUGCGUGCUGCAUUUUGAGCUGUGGGUUCAUUCUGUCCUUCUCGUGUUAUUGCUUGCUGCUGCUGUUGUAUCGCGCACCAAAGUAAGCAAAGCAUAGCGUGGCAAGCAAAGGACAAUACUGACAAAAUAAGAAGCCGGUAUGACUGAUUAAGUGAAUCCACACCAACUGUUUAAAACAAUGGAAAACUGUACAAAUCUAAGAAUUGUAAAAAGUAUAACGUGUGUAUUUUUAAGAUGAUUUUAAUAAACCUGAAACCAAUCA